AUGCUUCAAAGCCUUAUUAAGAACAUUUGGAUCACCAUGAAGUUCUACUAUAUCCAAGCUUACCAGGAGAUUUGGGUGGGAAUGGGGUUAAUGGGCUUCCUUGUGCUAGUGGAGAAGAAAAAAAAACGUAAAAAUAAAGGCUUGAAAGCUUCCAGGCCUGCGUCUGCUCAUGGUCAUCACUAA